UUCAAACCCAACCGUAACACAUUCAGAAAUUGAAUGUUGAUAGACUGAACCUUCAUUAAUGAUUGAAUGAUGUUGUUGAUUGGAGUCAUUGUAUUCUUUUUCAACCUUUUUCUUCUUCCCCGUUUUUAACAUAGAUUUUAAUCGACGAUUAUUGGUUAAUCGAAGACCCUAAAUUUUCAAUUAAAGAAAAAAAGUAGGAAAAUAUUUUUUUUCUACUAUUGAGGAGAUGGAGAUCGAAGAAGAGAAGAAGUUGUUUUGGUUUGAAACAAAAUUAGGUUAGGUUUUGUUUGGUUAUUAGGUUUUCACUUGAUGUCUAACUUAGACAUUUUUGAUUGCAUUAAAACACUCCCUAAUCAAUUUUUUAGUCAUUAGAAAUCCAUGUGAAGCCCCUCUAUUGAAAUGUGACGCCCUAAUAAUAGGCUUCAAAUUAGAGCAUUCACUACUUUCCAAGUAAUUCCAAGUAAUUCGUUGGAUCAACAUUUAGAAUUCAGAAUUUGAUUGGGGCCGGAGUUCGGUAAGUUGGCCUUUUUUUAUCUGCUUUACUAUUUUCAACGAACACCAGCAAGCAACACCUUCACCACUCCACCACCACCACCUGCGAUUCAAAGCCAAUUCUCCUUAAGUUUCUAUCAAAAAAAAAUAAAAAAAAUUCUGUUACCACGCCCUCCUCCUCCUUUCCAUCACCCUAAUUUCGUCAAACAUUUACAAAAAGCUUUACCGAGAAUCUGAGCUCUCUCUUUCAAUUCGAUUUCACUUUCAAAUCAAGUUUUAUCACAAAUAACGGGUCUGCUUCAAAUUUCGUUGUCCACAACUUACUUCACUAAUUUGAGUAGAUUCAGAUGAUUUGGGAUUCACAACUCCGGGGUUUUAAACAUCAAACUUUUCGCCAGAAUUCCAAAUAGCAGUAGGGUGUGACAAUAUUCGUAGGAGCUCUAGAAUCAUAGAAAAACUUCGGCAUCAUGCAUCAACAUGGAAUUGAUCCAGAAUUGGCACAAGGUGCUUUAUGAAGUAUAUAGAUCUCCUUCACAAAGAACAAACAACUGAAAGCUUGAAAGGUACCACAGAAAGGUUGAAGAGAGCCCUAACAGGCCUUGGAGGACCGAACCCACGUAUAUACGUUUGCUGAUAGGUAUAAUUAUGAAGAGAAAACCAUGUUCAGUAGUUCCACCAACUGAAGAUCACGAUGAGAAACCCAAUUUGUUUAAAAGGAAAGACGACGAAACCACCUCUAAGGCUGGCUUCUUUUCAUCGUCAAAGCAAAUUCUGACAUUAUGCUUGGUAUUCCGGAUGGUGAACUCAUUGUUGGUGCAAACUUAUUUCAAUCCCGAUGAACAUUGGCAAGCACUUGAAGUGGCCCACCGUAUUGCAUUCGGAUAUGGGCACUUAACAUGGGAAUGGUCAAAGGGAAUUCGCAGUUACUUGCAUCCAAUGAUGUUUGUCCCUCUAUAUAAGUUUCUCUCCUUUUUUGGUCUUGAUGCUCCCUGGUUCAUGAUUAGAGCACCCCGGCUUUUGCAGUCUGUGAUUUCCUCAGUUGGUGAUUUUUACUUGUACAAACUUGCUCAUCGCAUAUUUGGCGAGCGUGUUGCGCAGUGGACACUCUUUUCUCAAUUGGUGAACUGGUUCACAUUCUUCUGUUUCACUCGAACCUUAUCAAAUAACCUGGAGACAGUUUUGACGCUCGUAGGUUUAUACUACUGGCCCUCUUUCAGACACUCUUCUAAACAUUUUCUUCUGGCUUCAAGAAAAUGGGGUUUGGUCGUAGCAGCCCUAGCUUGCGCCGUUCGGCCUACUAGUGCUAUCACAUGGUUGUAUGUUGGUCUUUUGGAGCUGUUUGAAACGAAGGAUCGAAUAAAAUUCAUAUUUCUUGAGAUUGCCCCUAUUGGAUCGCUGGUGCUUGGGUUCACAUGCUUAGUGGAUUGGCUUAUGUAUGGCUCAUGGAUAUUUGUUCCUCUUAAUUUUCUCAAAUUCAAUUUUCUUUCUUCCGGUGGAGACUAUUAUGGAACGCACAAGUGGCAUUGGUACUUCACUCAGGGGUUUACCGUCAUGCUCUUCACAUUCAUACCCUUCACCAUAGCUGGCGUUUUUAAGUCCAGGCAAUGGAAGCUUUUUGGCCUGAUGGCAUGGGUUUUAGGACUUUAUAGCAUGCUUGGGCACAAAGAAUUCAGGUUUGUCAUGCCCGUGCUACCAAUAGCUUUAAUGUUCUCUGGAUAUUCAUUAGCGUCACUGGAAGAUACUGUCUCUAAGGAUAUUAAUAGAAAAAUCUCAUCAGAUUUGCGAAACAAGUGUCCUUCUAGAAUGCAGUUUGGUCUAUUUUUUCUUCUUGUAACAAAUCUCCCAAUGGCGUUAUAUAUGAGUUUAGUUCAUCAGAGAGGAAGUGAAGAUGUUAUGAACUUUUUAUCACACGAAGCCCUCGAAGAUAGAGUUAAGAGUGUCCUUUUCUUGACGCCCUGCCAUGCUACACCAUACUAUUCCACAUUGCAUCGCAACUUGCCCAUGCGUUUUCUUGAUUGCUCUCCAAGUGAGAGUAGGGAAACACUUGAUGAAUCAGAUCGUUUCAUGAUCGACCCAGUUGGAUUUUUGUCUGAUAUGGUAAAGGGUUGGGCUGUACCUAGUCACAUAGUAUUAUUUGAUUCCCAAGAAAAACAACUCAAGGAAUUUCUGAUCUCCCAUUCAUUUAUAGAGAUAAAAAGGUUUUUCCAUGCUCACUUCAAGGUUGAUCGAGAGCUUCAAGGAUCCAUUGUUGUGUACACCCUAACAAGCCAAUAGUUUAUCAAUGUAACCUUUCGCAUUUGUCAGAUUAAAUUACCUUAAAUUAUCUAAACCAACUGAUUCUUAGCAAGUUAGUUUUGUUAGUUUUCAGUUCUGUAUGAAGUCUGAGUGUUUGAAGGGAUGUCGAGACUUGAAUGAAAAUUUAAUUUUAGUUUCAUCCGAAGAAUCCUUUGUAAUGUAUGAGAGAGUUGCAACGAGUCUUUUUGGUUCUUUAAGCUUUGUAUGUCAAAAGAAAAAAUGUUAAUCAGUAAUGGCUGUAAUUGAUGGAA